AAUUGUGAGCAACAACACAACACACCAGCGAAAAGGACGCUAAAUGAUGGUGGAGUGUUUUCGUGUGCAAAGAAAUUUGUUUUCUGCUUGCUAAAAUAUAUGUGCAACGUGCAGAUUCACACUGCAGGAGCACGCAUGUAGUGAAGCUAGGCAAAAUCUUUCGCGAAACGUGAAUAGUCGCUUGAACGAACUAAAUCAGCGUGUAUUUCAAUCGCAGCAGAGGUACGAAUAGACUGCCAGAUGCCGUACAUUUUGGUGGAAAUAACGGAGCCAGCCGGAGACAGAGAGUUGCUUGCUGUACCAGCCACCUGGAUUCAACGGCAAGGCGAAGGAUGUGCGUAUCUCUGUUGGCCUUACGUGCAGAGCAUUCGGAAGCUGAAUGCGCUGUUUCAGGACGAAUACAGCAUACCGACGGAGGUAUGGGAGAGGUAUGAAUGUGAAAUUCUGUGCCGAAAUCUGCCAUCGUUGGCAUCGGCUGAUAAAAUGAUCGAAACAAUGGAAAUGCAGUACGAGCCGAGUGAAGAAAGCUUACCAAAGAAACCUACACCGGAGCAGACGAACAGUACAAACAGGCACAGAGCACAAAGGAAACAGCAGCACCGAUGGAUAAAGUCGGAAACGCUUCGUCAGAAUGAGAAGGUAAAGAAACUACUCGCGUUGGAGAACGAUCCACUGGGAGAUGCGACAUCCUGUCCACAGUUACUAGAUCUGAUGUACGAGCUGAAAAGUUUAAUCAAGAACAAUCAGGAUGAGAUAAGGAAGAAACUAAGGGAAGGAUUUGGUCAGGUGGAAAAAUCGUUGCUUGCGAAGCAAAUCGAAUCGAAUGCCAUGCAAUACGCAAUGGAACGCAUGGAAUCGAACGCGAUGGGUCAUGCGUCAUCGUGUCCGCAGGUUCCACAGUUUAAAGUUGACCUGUUGACUGAGAUGGAUGAGUUGGAACAGUUUGAAGUACGGUUGAAUGAUGAGGAAUAUCUGAAGAAAGUUCACUGUUGGAUUGACACUACACUGGGGCUCGAGCGUGAUUCCGAGCAUCGAAUGCAUACCAUACUGGACCUGAUAAUAUCCCGCAAAUUGUUUGCCGGCUUCAGCUGGACCGGUGCCGGUAAAGAGAAGCGUCCGAUGUACGUUCACAAAAACAUUCUCGGCUUGUUUGAGUAUGCCGGCACCACUCCCAUGCAGCGUACGGAUCACACUACGGUGGAGAAUUUUAUGCGCAAAAAAUUGCACAAUUCGGCCACUAGGGUUAAGGUACUUGGCGUGCGCAAAAGUGUGCCUCAUCGUCGCAAGCGCUUUGGCGUCAAGCAACCGAAGGCGUAUCGAGCUACGGACACGGCAAAGUAUGAAAGUUCUAGUACUAGGCCACACGAAAUAGCAUCGUCUACGACCAGUACACAGGCGGGGGCAGUGAAGGAAGAUCUCGAACAAUCAUCAUCAUCAUCCAGUCCAUGUCCGGAUAAUCCGAUCAGUACGGAAUGUGUGGAAAUUAAGCAAGAUGGCACUAUGUACAUCGAAGCUGUAAAUGAUUACGACGAAAUGUGGGAUUAUCGAAGAUUGGACAAGUAAAAGAAAAGCAGUUAAAGAUGAAAAUCAUACUUCGAUAUCAUUCUGCUUAUGCGGAAGCGAAAAAUUGGCCAGAAACUCCAGGGUUUUCCUCCCUCGAUCGAAAGCAUUUAGUACAGUAAACAACGACGAUACUCGCUAGGAAAAUCAAUUCUGGCAUGCUUAUUUAAUAACAGGAGUUGACCGUAUUGAUCGCAUAUCUAGUCCAGAAUUAUGCUACUUGUAUAGAAAUAGAAAAAAGGCUCGGUAUACAUAUAAGCAACAGUAGACGGAUCGCGCAUUACUGGAACACAUCCGCUUUGAACGGGCUCAUUAAACAUUCGAAUCGUAUAUGUUUGCGUGGCAUGUUCAAGGAAUUCAUUCUAAUUACGACGUAAAAUUGUACUUUUAAUUCCACCCGAUAGUAAUAAACUAAUUAUCUAUUGAUGUAAGUUCUAGACAUA